AGCAGAGGGCGCUGCCAGACAGGUCCAGGCCGGGUGGCGCGGAGCAGCAGCAGGGAUGCAGCGCAAGGGAGGGCGAGGGAGGUUUGGAGGAGCUGAUGCUGCAAAGCCGCCCGUCUCCCGGUGGGGACCAUGAGGAGUGCAGAGCGGGAAGAAGAGGCAGCGCUUAGCUUCGCCCGGCCCCGGUGAAGCUGCCGCGCUUGACUAUGGCUGGGGGAAGGCGAGGGCUGGUGGCUCCCCAGAAUACCUUCUUGGAGAACAUCGUGCGGCGAUCUAACGAUACAAAUUUUGUCCUGGGUAAUGCCCAGAUAGUGGAUUGGCCUAUUGUGUACAGCAAUGACGGAUUUUGCAAGCUCUCAGGAUACCACAGAGCAGAAGUUAUGCAAAAAAGCAGCACCUGCAGUUUUAUGUAUGGAGAGCUGACAGACAAAGAAACAAUUGACAAAGUCCGGCAAACAUUUGAAAAUUACGAGAUGAACUCCUUUGAAAUCUUGAUGUAUAAAAAGAACAGGACACCUGUUUGGUUCUUUGUGAAAAUUGCUCCAAUUCGAAAUGAACAGGAUAAAGUAGUUUUGUUUCUUUGCACUUUCAGUGACAUAACUGCUUUCAAACAGCCUAUUGAGGAUGAUUCCUGCAAAGGCUGGGGAAAGUUUGCUCGCUUAACACGUGCACUCACAAGCAGUCGGGGAGUCCUGCAGCAGCUUGCUCCAAGUGUACAAAAAGGAGAGAACGUGCAUAAGCAUUCCCGACUUGCUGAGGUACUGCAGUUGGGCUCUGAAAUCCUCCCCCAGUACAAGCAAGAGGCACCAAAGACCCCUCCGCAUAUCAUUUUACAUUACUGUGUUUUCAAGACCACUUGGGAUUGGGUCAUCCUGAUUUUAACUUUCUACACAGCAAUUUUGGUCCCUUACAAUGUCUCCUUUAAAACCAAACAAAACAACGUGGCCUGGCUGGUAGUGGACAGCAUCGUUGAUGUCAUUUUUCUGGUAGACAUUGUGCUUAAUUUCCAUACCACUUUUGUUGGGCCAGCUGGAGAGGUGAUCUCUGACCCAAAGUUGAUCCGCAUGAACUACUUGAAGACAUGGUUUGUCAUUGACCUUUUGUCCUGCUUGCCAUACGAUGUCAUCAACGCUUUUGAAAAUGUUGAUGAGGGGAUCAGUAGUCUGUUCAGCUCCCUUAAAGUAGUCAGGCUGCUUCGACUGGGUCGUGUGGCUCGAAAACUGGACCAUUAUAUUGAAUAUGGAGCAGCUGUCUUGGUUCUGUUGGUCUGCGUCUUUGGUCUUGCAGCCCACUGGUUGGCCUGCAUUUGGUACAGUAUCGGGGACUACGAAGUUAUCAAUGAGGAUACAAACAAAAUAAGAAACGAAAGUUGGCUUUACCAGCUGGGGGAAUCCAUAGGAUCACCUUAUCAGUUUAACAAGACAGGAACUGGAAGAUGGGAAGGAGGACCGAGCAAGGAUUCUGUUUAUAUAUCUUCGUUAUACUUUACAAUGACUAGUCUUACAAGUGUUGGAUUUGGGAACAUUGCACCGACCACCGAUGGAGAGAAAAUCUUUGCUGUUGCUAUGAUGAUGAUUGGCUCUCUGCUAUAUGCAACCAUUUUUGGUAAUGUGACAACUAUCUUCCAGCAAAUGUAUGCUAACACAAAUAGAUACCAUGAAAUGCUGAACAGUGUCCGGGACUUCCUGAAACUUUACCAAGUGCCCAAAGGCCUGAGUGAACGUGUGAUGGAUUACAUCGUUUCUACCUGGUCAAUGUCCAGGGGCAUAGAUACUGAAAAGGUUUUACAGAUUUGCCCUAAGGAUAUGCGAGCAGACAUCUGUGUUCAUCUGAAUCGGAAAGUUUUUAAGGAGCAUCCUGCAUUCAGAUUAGCUAGUGAUGGGUGUCUGCGAGCUCUAGCCAUGGAAUUUCAGACUGUGCACUGUGCUCCCGGGGAUCUCAUUUAUCAUGCUGGAGAAAGUGUGGACAAUCUUUGCUUUGUGGUUUCGGGAUCUUUGGAAGUCAUCCAGGAUGAUGAAGUGGUUGCAAUUCUGGGUAAAGGAGAUGUUUUUGGUGAUGUCUUCUGGAAAGAAACCACCCUUGCCCAAUCCUGUGCUAAUGUAAGGGCUUUGACUUACUGUGACCUUCAUGUGAUCAAAAGGGAUGCCUUACAGAAAGUCCUUGAGUUCUACACAGCCUUUUCACACUCCUUCUCAAGGAACCUCAUCCUGACCUACAACUUGAGGAAAAGGAUUGUAUUCCGGAAGAUCAGUGAUGUCAAACGAGAAGAAGAGGAGAGGAUGAAAAGGAAGAAUGAGGCGCCUUUAGUCCUGCCACCUGACCACCCCGUCCGUCGGCUUUUUCAAAGAUUCAGGCAGCAGAAGGAGGCCCGGUUAGCAGCAGAAAGAGGCAGAGAUGACCUAGAUGUGGAAAAAGGCAACAUUCUGGGAGACCAUGCUUCACGUACAGUUGUCAAAGCCAGCAUUGUUACUGUCAGGGAGAGCCCUGCUACGCCGAUUGCCUAUCAGUCUGCUUCGACAUCUGGAGUGUCCGACAAUGCCAGACUCCAAGCCCCUGCCUCAGACUAUGCAGGGGGGAAAGUGGCAGGGGACCUUCCCAAGCGGAAAGGAUGGGCAAAAUUUAAAGACGCCUGUGCGAAAGGAGAAGACUGGAACAAGGUGUCCAAGGCCGAAUCCAUGGAAACGCUGCCGGAGCGAACGAAAGCCGCAGGAGAGGCCACCCUGAAGAAGACAGACUCCUGUGACAGCGGCAUCACAAAGAGCGACCUGCGCUUGGACAAUGUCGGGGAGACGAGGAGUCCUCAGGACCGAAGUCCCGUCCUAGCAGAAGUCAAACAUUCUUUCUACCCUAUCCCUGAACAGACUCUUCAGGCAACGAUGCUGGAAGUGAAACAUGAACUGAAGGAGGACAUCAAAGCUUUGAACACAAAAAUGACCAAUAUAGAAAAGCAGCUUGCUGAGAUACUAAGGAUAUUAGCCUCUAGAAGAAGCUCCCAGUCACCGCAGGAGUUGUAUGAAAUAUCAAGACCCCAAUCUCCAGAAUCAGAAAAAGACAUUUUUGGAGCAAGCUGAAGGGUUUCUUUAGAAUGGAAAUUAAACCGAAUAUCCCCACAAACACAAUCCAACACCACCACGUAACAUUUUUUAAACAAAACAUGUAAUCUUUUCUUGAUGAACACCAUUGAGGGGCUAAGCCCAAUAAGCAUGCCCCCCCUCUCUAAAUGGUACAGUAACAGGAAUUGGAACCUCAUGUCAAGAUGGCAGCUGACUCUGAAGUCGUUUUGACAGCAAGGCGCUGUCCUGAUUUUCCAGAGAACAUCCAGUUUAACAGCUACGAAGGUGAUGUUCUACUCCUACAGUACUUCACUGUAAUGAAUCGAAAGAGCUAUUUGCUGUGAACAUCCCUGGUGAUUUUUUGUCUCCUUGUUUUGACUCAGUGUAGAGUUUGGCAUGGAACCAUUUCAAAUAUUUGAUUUUUUAUUUUUAUAUUGAUUAAUGUGUGUACAUGAGUAUACAGCUACAUGACACGUGUAUGUAUUAGUUCAGUUUGUAACUGGUGUAUCGGACAAUUAACAGCAUAUCCAUCACUUUGCAAACAAGGUAUCAAAAAGUUAACAGGCGCCUUCCCCCAGUGGAAAAAUUUGUUGUGCUGGUCCAGUUCAGUAUGAGGUUUGUGUUCAUCUCAGUGGAUUGUUGUGUUUCAUUUCUUUGUUAUUGCUAAUAUUUCUACAGUAGAUUUUGACUGAGUUGUAAUUGUGCAGCUGGGAUAUAGCCUAACAAGUAUUGAGAAAGUCAGAAACCAUACGCAAACAUCACAGAGACGUGUUCUAAAUCAUUCAACCUAAAUAAGGAUGUGAUUCAUAUUUAAUCAUUGAGGAACACAAGCGUAGCCUUAUAAGGCAAGGACAACGAUCUGUGCGCAGGGGGAGAUAUAUAUGUGGACAUGUUACUAAGCAUGCAGCAUGGAUCCCAACUGUACCUUGGGAUCAAAAGGUGGAUAAAAGGUUUAUCUAGUACCAAGGAUAAAAAGGUGGUGGUGGGAGAACUUUGUAUGCUGUCCUAAGGAGGAAUGACAAGAUUUUUAAAUAUAUAAUUUCUUAAAAAUCACUGUAUUUCUAUAGAGCAGUGUUGAUCUGUAAACAGAUAUUCACUAGGGCAGCUUGGUUUCUCACUGCUAUCACAAGUCACCCUAAGGUGUUUAUUAUGCUGCCCUUCACAUAAAGCAGAACCUCUUUGGGUGCUGUUGUUUCUAGAUACCCCCCGCCAGUGCUGUUUCUUCUUUCCCAUCUUAGCAUAACUGCACUUUUGCCACGGUGGCUGCUGACCUCUUGACUUCCGCACAGGGGAAGUCAGUAAGGGAAAGCAACCUCCAAGGGCCAGAGAGGCAAUAAGCAAUCAUCUGCACUUUGAAGUAAUAAUAAGCAUUUCAAAGACAGUGAUCCUCACUGGGACAGUUCCAGAAAUAUAAUGUGAGUUAUGUAAGCAAUGCUGUCAUUACAGUAUCUUUGAUCUGACUUUUUCCGAGCCACAUUGUAGUGGCAACGACUGAUUCAAGCGAAGUAAAAAUAUAGCUUCCUGCAAUAAGAUAUUUUAACAAUUUAGCCUUAAGACCCUUUCCAUAAGCGAUAGAAUUGAAACUCUGAUGUUGUUGUGGGCCCCCUUUAUCAUGUUCUGCAUAGUACUUACUACGGUAUUGCCUCGAGAUAUAACGCACUUUGAUUAGAUUUCUUAAGUCUAAUGGAAAUCAUUUGUAAGUAAUUAAAUUUAUUUCUCCACAUAUUGCCUUCUGACUAGUUUUGCUGUAGCCCUUUCCCACUUCACCGAACAAAGACACUUCAUUGUCAUUGUCAAAAACACUUUUGUAUAUUAGGGAAUUGACACCCAAGAGUGUAGCUAUAAUUGAGUGGAUGGGUUCUAAGAACCCGGGGCCCCCCAGCUCCACCCCUAUUUUCUUCAUUAUCGCCCUCCCUCCGAGGGGCCACUGGGGAUAGGGGUGAACACAGACCCCCUCUCCCCUAGCUAUGCCCCUGUUGACACCUCCUACUGUUAAAAGUGUUUUGUGCAUUGUUUGAAGACUUUCUUUUUCGUUUUCUUACCCCUUGACCAAAGUGGUGUGCUUCCUUGCUGCUGCAAUCUGUUUUCACAUGACCCCCUACAUGUCGUAGCAUUGUGUGGGAAAUCCCACAAUGUUAUUCUAACUGGGCUUAUAACGCCAAAUGUUGGAGGAUCUUUAGGGAUGAAUUUUCAAAGCAAAAGGAUACCCCCACCCCCCAUGGGUCUUAUCCCUACUCAAUCGAUGACUACUAAUUGUUUCGAAAGGAAUCAUUUGAAUAAUAGAUAGAAAGUUUCAAUAAUCUUGUAUCAGGAUGAACUGCUAUAUGAAGUAAUAUGACUUUUCAUAAUGAAUGUGUUAUAUUAUUGUACCUUCAUACACUCCAAUUACUUUCCCAUCUGAAACAUGUUGAAAACUAUUCAGCUGCCACCACUGCAUGGACACUUUGUUGAUAUACAGUAAUGCAGCCAUUCUGGCCCUUUAAAAAUGUACUCCACCUGUUUUCAUCCUUUCCAGAAUUCACCAAAUACAGUCUCCUUUUGAUUAUUUCUUUGCAUUUGUCACUUUGUCUUAUUGAGCAUGAAUAAAACAAAAUGAAUGAGUAGAUACUAUUUUUGUGGUCAGCCAAGUAGCUGCCAGUAGAGAGAGUGUAUUUCUCCUGUUUUGGAAUGUUGCGAUAAAGUUGCAGUCACUGACAUGAAUAAAUACUCCUUUAUUGACAUUUUUAAAUAAGCACAAAUCCUAUUUGUAAAGACAAAAUUUAAUUUUAUUUAUUAUAGUAAUAAACUAUUUUAU